AAACUGCAAUUCAAAAUGAAGUCCUGCUCUCGGCAGAUGUUUCAACACUCUUCUCUAGUGACACUCUUGCUUUUUUUAGUAUGCAUUCUUGCACCAACAGCUACUGCUGCUUCUCAUAAAAAAGUUCGCUUAACAAACAUUCAGGCAUUGACUCUUCACGCCGGACGAAUGACUACUGCUCGUCGAUCAUCUCCUGUAAAGCAGCUCUCUUGUGUCAAUUCUGGAAACAGUGGUUUCUUUUCAUCUUCAAAGUCAGCCUGUUCAGAUACUGCUCUCUUGCCUCAAACUGUCCAGUGUAUCAACAAGGGAACAGAUGGAGUGGAUGUACAAUGGGCAUGCACUGCUGAACUGGAUAGCACUGUCAAGUUUGGAUCUGAAAUGGUUGUUGCGUGUGAAGGUUGGGCAUAUCCCGAAGACCCAUUUGUGCUUGCUGGUUCAUGUGGACUUGAAUAUACUCUUGUCCGGACUGCAUUGUACGAUCGCACUCGACCAAGCAAGGAACACCAUCGAUUUGGAGAAAAAUGGAAACCUUCCUGGUCAUUCUGGAAAUCUAAAGAACACUAUUAUACUGAAAACACAGACGGUAGCAGUUGGAUUGGGUUUAUUAUCUGGACAGCCGUAUUUGCCUUUAUUGCCUAUCGGAUCUCGCUUGCCUGUUGUUCCAAACCUAGACGCCAGGGAAACCAUCGUACUACCGAGACUCGGGGUACUUUUCACAGCACAGCUCAUGCUGGCACUUCAUUCGAUCCAAAUUCUGGACCACCUCCACCUUAUAACGAUGGAUGGGAGUCCCAAGACAAUACUCAUCAGCAUGCGUCUGCACCCCACCCGGGAGCAUAUCCUAGUUCAGGUGGCGGAAAUAGUCAAAACAGCGAUGGCAGUCGUUCUAAUAAUGACGGAUUUUGGUCUGGAUUUACUUCUGGCAGUAUUUUGGGAUCCUUGUUCGGCAAUCGGUCAUAUUGGUACCCAUCUACCAACUACUUUGGUUACGGACCCCAAGCGUAUCCAUCGUAUACCUUUUACCCACCUCGUCCCACUUCCUGGUGGUCAUGGGGAUCUGGAUGGCCACAAUCUACAUAUACCUACUCUAACCCUAUGUUUCGUCGCACAUCCUCUUCGAGUGGUUCAAGAUCUCAAUCUCCUGCACCCAGCACUCGUACUUCCACGACAUAUGGUGGUACAAGGCGUCGAUGAAUGGUUAAAUCCGAGUUGGUUUAAAUGAAAUUGUUUAUAAAAGUUGCAC